ACUCAGCCAGUUGGAUGCUGGGAAGAAAGCCCACGCCCCCUUCAGGAUCCGGACUGACUGUCGGCAUCGGCAAUGGUAUUCCAAUACAAUUUGUCACUACUCCAUGGGAUGGAGUGAACCACACCAACAGGACAGCAUGGAUCCUCCGGAAGAAAAAGCGAGCAAAGAGGUCGACAUUUAUCGCGAUACAUGGGUCCGCUUCUUAGGUUAUGCCAAUGAGGUGGGGGAGGCCUUCCGUGCGCUGGUGCCAUCCAGUUUGGUGUGGGGCAGCUACGCCGUGGCCACUGCCUACGUCGCUGCUGAUGCUCUGGACAAAGGGAAAAAGGCUGCUGUGGCGCACGGCGACAACCCAGGCCAGAAGACACGUGUGGUAGCGGCGGUGGCGGACACGUUCGUGUGGCAGGCCCUGGCCUCUGUGAUCAUCCCGGGUUUCACCAUCAACCGCGUAUGCGCCGCCUCGCUGCACCUGCUGGGCCGCACCACCAAAUGGCCCCUGCCUGUACGCAAGUGGACCACCACGGCCAUCGGGCUCUCCACCAUCCCCUUCAUCAUCACCCCUAUUGACAGGUCGGUGGACUUCCUGCUGGACUCCAGCCUCCGGAAAGUGUACGGGGACGGCAAGAAGCACGACUAAAGAGGGUCAAAGGGGACCUAUUAUGCUCUUUCCACUUUUAUGGGCGUACCUAGAGGAGGAUUUGGGUGGGAAGUUGGAAACACUGCAGAACCUGGAAGACCUAGAAAGUGUUCUGUGCGGGUCCACAACUCAAAACAAAGCGCCGGAAAUGAGCAUAAUAGGUCCCCCAUUAAAGAAAAGGGAUUUUACGGCACAGUACAUGAACGAACUAUGCAGGAGGAGUAUUGCUGUAUAAAUGUCAGGGAUGCACGUUGCUGUCAUUUGGCUGUGCGUUUAGCCAUACAUUGAGCCAGUAAAGCACAGCGGUUCAACUACCUUGUUCCUCAGAAUUGAUGUGUUUCGGGUACUGUUACUCCCUCCGAUGCACUUUGACUCGACUCAUCUGUUAUGUACUCGCUCACGGGAGCCGUUGAGGUUUAUACUGGAACAUCAUAUUUUGCAAUAUGACACUGUAAAUGUUGCACAAUUGCUGUAGUGAUAUCAGAUAUUAGCGGUGUCGCUGCUAGCCGCUACUGGGUUUCAUUUAAUUACAAGUUGAGCGUUUGCUGUACUGCGUCUGUGCAGCACGUGAAAGGGAAUAACUACUGUAUGAGCUAUGCAAGUCGUGCACGGUCAUAUAAUUAAGGUACUGUACAUACAUGUACACACAGGGAGUGUUUUCAUUGUCUAUAGGUCGUUGUAGCAAUAACUCUCAGGCUCUAUAUUUAUGUUUCAUUGAACAUUUCAUCGUUUACAUGUGAUACUUGCAUGCAACAAAAAGAAAUAGAGGUAUUUUUUUGCAUAUUGUAAUUGUUGUUUGUACAUGUGUGGGCAAGAGGGUACAUUUUAUCAUCUUUAAACAUUAAACUUCAACUUGUCGAAAUGAUGUUGUUAGUGCAACACUGUAGAGAGAAGUGAACUCGAUGCUGUUAAAUAAAUUAACCAAUGAGGUC